AAACGCUUCAGGCGGACUGUCAGAAGAAAAGUUCAGGAAGACGACUGGCUCGGUAUUAAAGUCAUCUCUUUACAGCUGUCAUGCAGGAACUGAAAAAUUGAUAGUUACAGGCAUGGAAAAUCAAGUGGACGCCUCGGUAGUGCCAGGACAACACUGACGAGGCACUCCCAUUGCCAAUUUAUGGACUUUUUAGUCGGUUAUUACACUUAGUGUAGAGGGCAAAAGUAGCCUAGCUCACGCUAACGCUAGCUGUGUUCGCUCCGAACUUUGGUGAACUUAACUCAUCUCCUAACUAACUUGUGUUUACGUUACACUCUGUUGCCGGUGAGGCGACUGAAGUGGUGUCCUAUAUAUAUAUUUUUUCUAAAUAUGUUGGAAUGCUUCUUCUGUGCAGUUCCCGACGACGAUCUGCAGUACUUUGAAUUUCCCUCCUUCUGGAAGACAGGCAGGCAGGCGGCUUAGCAAGGAGUUCGCUCGGUGAUUUUGGCUCGGGACCGGACCAGAUCAUUAGCAACUCUGUGCUAAUUGUGGCUAGUCAGCCGAUUCGCCAACCCAGGCCCAACCAACGAGAUUAUUAUCAUUAUUAUGACUUGGCCUCUAUUGUCCAGGUAGUUCGCCAGAUCAGUCAUUUGCUUUGAGUGAGUGUCUCCACGCUAUUUUGACUCCCAGUUGAAGGAAAAGGAUUAACUUCACAACUAUGGAUCCAUCCACGGGAUACGCCGCCUCUGCUCCUGGUCCCAAGAAAGACAAGAAGUCAAAGAAGAGCUACGAGGAUGGAGAGGGCAAAAAGAAAUUUAAACUGAAACGUCUGAUUCCAGAUGAGUUGGAACGCUUCACCAGCAUGAGGAUGAAAAAGGACAAGGAGAAGCUGAGCCAUGUACCAGGUCAGCGUCAUUCUGCAGCUGCCAACUAUGAAAUCCACGCUCCCAGCGCCAUGCUGCAUGACCACACGGAUGAAUAUGUCCUGGAACUUUUUGAACAGAUGCUGGUGGACAUGAACCUGAAUGAGGAGAAGCAGCAGCCUCUCAGGGAAAAAAGCAUUGCAAUUAAACGUGAAAUGGUCUCCCAGUACCUCCACACCUCUAAAGCGGGCCAAGACCAGAAAGAAAGCUCCAAGUCAGCCAUGAUGUAUAUACAGGAGUUGAGGUCAGACUACCGGGACUCACAUUUGCUGAGUUGUCUGGAAUCUCUGCGGGUCUCGCUCAAUAAUAACCCUGUCAGUUGGGUGCAGAAUUUUGGAAAUGAAGGCCUGGCGCUUCUGUUAAAUCUGCUCAGAAGACUGCAAGAGGAGAAGGAUGAUAACUCAUCGAUGGGAGUGAAAUGUCAACAUGAGAUCAUACGCUGUCUCAAAGCCUUCAUGAACAAUAAGUACGGUUUAAAAUCCAUGCUGGAGUCAGACGAGGGCAUUCCUCUGCUGGUCAGAGCCAUUAAUCCCAGUUUGCCUCAUAUGAUGGUGGAUGCUGUCAAGCUGCUCUCUGCCAUCUCCAUAUUGGAACACUCUGAUAAUCUUCACGAGCGUGUUCUCGAGGCCAUCACAGAGGAGGCAGAGAAACAGGACAUUGAGAGAUUCCAGCUUCUUUUGGCUGGCAUGAACAGUUCCAGCAUUGCCCUGAAGGGUGGAUGCAUGCAGCUAAUCAAUGCACUGAUCAGUCGAGGAGAGGAGUUGGACUUUAGGAUCCAUAUUCGCUCUGAACUUCUAAGAUUAGGACUCAGAGACUGUCUAAAGGAGGUGCGAACUAUAGAAAAUGAAGAGCUGAAGGUCCAAUUGACAGUCUUUGAUGAGCAGGCCGAAGACGACUCAGAGGACCUUAAAGCACGCCUCGAUGACAUCCGCAUUGAGAUGGAUGAUGUGAGGGAAGUGUUUGACAUUUUGGUCAACACAGUGAAGGACUCCAAAGCUGAAAGCAACUUCCUGUCCCUGAUGCAGCACCUCCUGCUGAUCCGCAAUGAUUAUUUGGUCAGGCCCCAGUACUACAAGUUAAUAGACGAGUGCAUUGCUCAGAUCGUGCUUCACAGGAAUGGAGCAGACCCAGACUUUAAGUGCCGCAAUAUCAGGCUCAACAUUGAAACCUUAAUUGACAACAUGGUCGACCAAACCAAAGUGGAAACCAGUGAGGCCAAAGCUAUUGAGCUCGAGAAAAAGUUGGAUGCAGAGCUGACCGCACGCCACGAGUUGCAAGUGGAGAUGAAGAAACUCGAGGGUGACUAUGAACAGAAGCUGCAAGACUUGAGUCAAGAAAAGGAACAAUUGGCGUCUUCCAAGGAUGAGCGCGAAAAGGAGAGCCAGGGUCUGCAGCUACAGCUAAGCACUCUGCAGCAGCAGAUUGAAUCACUCUCCAAAGAUCUAGAAGAGGCGAAGAACAAAGUUGUCACAGUUACAGUUCCUGUGCCAAUGCCUGGUGUGCCACCUGCACCACCUGUCCCUGGCCAGAUAGGGGGUAUGCCUCCGCCACCUCCUGCCCCACCCUUGCCAGGCCAUGCAAUCAUGUCGCCACCUCCACCUCCUCUACCGGGACAAAUCGGCAUGCCUCCACCGCCGCCUCCCUUACCAGGCAUGCCAGGCCCUCCACCACCGCCACCCUUACCAGGCAUGCCAGGCCCCCCUCCACCCCCACCCUUACCAGGCAUGCCAGGCCCCCCUCCCCCACCCUUACCAGGCAUGCCGGGUCCCCCACCCCCCCCCCUUACCAGGCAUGCCGGGUCCCCCACCACCCCACCCUUACCAGGCAUGCCAGGACCACCAGGACCGCCACCUCCUCCACCUUUGCCCGGGAUGGGACCUCCCCCACCACCUCCGCCACCAGGUGGUCCUGGUAUCCCUCCACCACCUCCAGGUCCUGGUAUGCCUCCACCUCCACCGUUUGGCAUGGGAGCCUGGGGAGCCCCUGCACCAGUUCAACUGCCAUUUGGCCUUCAGCCUAAGAAGGACUACAAGCCUGAAGUGCAACUGAAGAGAGCCAACUGGAGCAAGAUUGGACCCGAAGACCUUACUGAGAAUAGCUUUUGGACCAGUGCCAAAGAGGAGAAAUAUGAAAACAAUGAGCUCUUUGCCAAACUCACCUUGGCCUUCUCAUCACAGACUAAGACUACUAAAGCCAAAAAGGAACUAGAGGGUGCAGAUGAAAAGAAGCAGAUGCAGAAGAAGAAAGUCAAGGAGCUGAAGGUUAUUGAUUCAAAGGCCUCACAAAACCUGUCCAUUUUUCUUGGAUCAUUCCGUCUUCCAUAUGAGGAAAUCAAAAACUGCAUCCUGGAAGUUAAUGAGAAAGUCCUCACAGAGUCCAUGGUUCAGAACCUGAUCAAACAGAUGCCUGCACCAGAGCAGCUAAGUGUCCUAGGAGAGAUGAAAGAUGAAUAUGACGACUUGGCUGAGGCUGAACAAUUUGGAGUGGUGAUGUCUAGUGUGAAGCGGUUGGGACCACGGCUUCAGGCCAUCCUGUUCAAGCUACAGUUUGAGGAGCAGUUGAACAACAUUAAACCGGAUGUGGUGUCUGUGACGGCAGCCUGUGAGGAGCUCAGGAAAAGUGCCUCCUUCGCCGAGCUGCUGCAGAUCAUCCUUUUUCUUGGCAAUUAUAUGAAUGCAGGCUCCCGCAAUGGCAAGGCCUUUGGCUUUUCCAUAUCAUACCUAUGCAAGCUACGUGACACAAAAACGGCUGACCUGAAGCAGACACUGCUCCACUUUCUUGCUGAUGUGUGCAUGGAGCAGUACCCGCAAGUCAUGAGCUUUCCUGAUGAGCUCAUUCAUGUUGAGAAGGCCAGCAGAGUGUCUGCAGAGACUCUUCAGAAAAAUGUAGAAAUGAUGGGUCGUCAGAUCAAGAACCUGGAGAAAGACAUCGAAACCUUCCCUCCUGCACAAAAUGACAAGGACCUAUUUGUGGAGAAGAUGUCGAAUUUUAUAAACGGUGCACGUGAACAGUAUGAGAAGCUGGAUCUGAUGCUUAAAAAUAUGGAGAAGCAGUACAACGACCUGGGAGAAUAUUUUGUUUUCGACCCGAGAAAGAUAUCUGUGGAGGAGUUCUAUGGGGAUCUCAACAACUUUAAGAACAUGUUCCAGCAAGCAGUGAAGGAUAAUCAGAGGAGGAAGGAAGCAGAAGAAAAAAUCAAAAGGGCCAAGCUUGCAAGGGAAAAGGCUGAGAGGGAAAAACAAGAGAAACUCAAGAAGAAACAGCUCCUGGACAUCAACACAGAGGGUGAUGAAACCGGCAUAAUGGAUGGCCUCUUGGAGGCACUGCAGUCUGGCGCUGCUUUCAGGAGAAAGAGAGGACCCCGGCCAGCAGGCAACCACAGAAGAGCCGGUCAUGCGGUGACCAACAUCCUGGCCAAAGAACUGUUGCAGGAAGACGAUCUUUCAUCAAGCAUGUCACCCAUCAAGAUGGUGAAGUUUGAUGAGAAGGAUGAGCACAAGAUAGAAGCGGGGGAUUCAUUAGAGGAGCUACUGGAAGCUGCGCCUCCUCGCUCCAGUUAGACUAUUUGGGCGCAUUUUUUUGCUUUGUUUUCUUUUAUGUGUAAUUGUCACAUGCAUCUAAGCAAGUUUGCUUCUCAUUGCUGGAGCCUAUAUUGAUCUAAAAUCGAAGUUAACCAUCAUCACACACUUGCUGUAAUCUUCUGGGAUGAAAAAUGUCCCUCAUUCUGCCAAUGGAAUUUUGCCACUUUUGUAAAGUUUUUGAUAACAUACACUGUUCCGCACUUGUCUAUACGUUUUGUCUGUUUCUUCACCGUAGUUCUUAAUCACUUAAUUCACAGCUCGAUCGUUAAAAGAUCGUCUCAGAGGAGGGAUUCACUUUUAUUUCCCAAAUUUUCUCAAACAACGUCAGGCACAUAAGAGCUGCUUCAAAUGAUUAGUUUUGAAUGCGCCAUGAAUUGUCUAUAAUAGUUUUUGUAAUCUUGACAUAAUUUUGCUGUAUAUUGUUUGAUGUAUUCUACAAUGCUGUUUGUAAAUGCCGAUGAUUCCACCGUGUUGCUGGAAAAAGUGCCAAUGAGUUGGAGUCCAUUGUCAUUUCACUCAGUCACAGCUUGCCCAGUAGCAGCUCUCACAGUGGGUGAAUGAUUUUCUUUUUUUUUUUUUUUUCUUUUUUUUUUUUUUUUUCUUUUUCUUCAUAACAUCUAUAAGGGAUGAUGCACCUAAAGGAAACCGGCACAGUCGAAUGAUAUAAACAUUCCUUACAAUUUGCCCGCUGUGUUAUUAUAGAAAGUUCUUGCACAGAGUAAGCAAAUUCCAAAUGUCUUUGCCUGGGCCACAUUAGUUUGGAAACACCCUUUCAAAACGCAGUUUACAUGCCCGUGUGCUUUUAUGAGUGAGUAGUCUAUUUUGAGUUCCCACUUAUGUGUGUCUGUGCAUGUUUUCUGUAAUUGUGGCGCCCACCACUGUCAUAAAUUCUAGGUCGCCAAUGAUAGAAUGAUGAAUGAAUAGACACCACACCCACCACUCGGCUACUCACAUUGAGACAGCGGCAAAUAUGCAAUAUCUGUUAUAUUCCUAUGCAAACAACUACUGUAAUGUACUUUUGCCAUCUUCUGAUGACUUCCAACUGGACGGACUGAUAUCAACUUGCUGAUUCAAGCUCUCACUCCACAAGUCAAAGCUUGUUUACAAUAGUGACAAGGAGGAGUGGAGAUGUCAAAGGUGGGAUUGGUGUUCAGGUAGGUAAUCCUUGUUGUGGUCACCUGCUGGGGUUCCUCUUAUUUGCACACUUGUAAUGAUAAUGACACCCCGGGUCUCACCGAAGAACCCAAACCUGCUGUAACUGGUGUUCAGAUGGGGUGUUACUCUACGUCUGUGUGUGUGCAAGAUACUGGAAUGUGGCUCGUUUCAUCAUUAAAGACAGGGCCAUACACAAUAAAAAGGAAAGCAUCACUGGAAUGUAUGUUUUGUUCGAAUUUGAGUCCCCCUUACCUAUUUUAAACAGAUGUUUUGUUUAAUUUUACAGUUGAUUAUUUUUUUAUCUUGUGAAUUACAUGUGCUUUGCUCUUUUUUUUCCCCCAGAGAUUGCUUUAUGUAUUUAGAAUGUUGCACAUUUCUGUUUGCUACACGAAACAAUUAAAAUGUCUUCAAGUAA